UCUCUCCCUCUCGGUCUUGCUUAAUAGUGGACAGGAGGAGGAGCGAUGCUUGUCAUCUACUCCUGUUAAGUUCCCCACUCCGCCCACCCCCUCACACACUUCUUCCGCCUCACUUUCCAUCAGAUUAUUGUUAUCGUUGAGUGAGUGAGGCCCAAAGGCAGCAGCAGCACAGAGCAAGACCGCAAAGAAAGCAAGCGGGCAAGCCUCCUUCACCAUUACCGCGCAUGUGCUCUGCGCCGGUCAUCUGCCUUCGGUGUAGGAACUCUUGCCUGUUUGCUCGGUCAUGGACAGGCACACCUGCAAGCUCUGCUUCCGUCGUUUCCACAAUGGCCGCGCGCUGGGCGGCCACAUGCGCUCCCACGUCAUGGCCGCGUCGUCGGCUGCAGCGUACUACUCGCCGCCGCCGCUCUCCCUGGCGUCCACCUCGUCGACAGAGAUGGACGACGACGCCGAUCCGGCGCCGCAGAAGCCACCCACGCCGUGCGUUGCACGCGAAGAAGGCGCCAAGAAAGCGUUCUGCUUUCCUGAACUCUCCGGCGGCGGCAGGGCCGCCCGCGGCGAGUCGUCGGUCGUGCAGGACGGGGAGAGCGACACGGAGUCGUCCCCGCGGUUCGCCGUGAGCCGGCGACGCUCCAAGCGGGCGCGCCGGCGCGCGCCGCCGCCGGCGGCGUCCGAUCCCGAGCAUCCGGCGAGCAGCGUCUCCGACGCGACGCCGGAGGAGGACGUGGCCAUGUCCCUCGUCAUGCUGUCUCGGGACUCGUGGACGCGGCGGUCCAGGCCCGGGCCUGGGCCUGGGCCUGAUCCCCGCUGGGGCCCGGCGAGCUCGGGGGCCGAUCGGAGCAAGGACGGCGGCGUCCGCUCGUUCGUCGGCGCGGACGACGAGGCCGAUCGCGAGCACGGCGACGUCGCCCGCCCGCGCGGGAGGCACCGGUGCGGCGUGUGCAGGAAGGUGUUCCGGUCGUACCAGGCGCUGGGCGGCCACCGCGCCAGCGUCAAGAAAGGCAAGGGCGGGUGCGUGCCGGUGCCGGUGCCGCCUUCCGCCGCCGCGCCGUCGCCCAAGGCUCGCCGCGGCCAGACCGGCCCGGCCGUCCACGAGUGCCCGUUCUGCUCUCGCGUGUUCGAGUCCGGCCAGGCCCUGGGCGGCCACAAGCGCGCGCACGUGGCGCACGGCGCCCCCGCCCCAUGGACGCCAGCGAGAUGCGGCGACAGCUCGGGGUCCAUCGACCUCAACGUGCCGGCCGCGACGGACGACGACUUCGAGCUCUCCGCCGUGUACGACGCCGAGUUCGGCAGCGCCAGGCAGUGAGGCCAGCCAGCUGCUGACCCGCUCGUCGAUGCCUGCUACGUACGACUCGGACCGGCCGGUGCUCUUUCACAGCACAGCUGCUGCUGCGGGACAACAGGUGGGUGGAUCCCUGGCUGGCGGCGAGGAGGCCCAGGGAUGACCCUUGGGCAGCGGGCGUCGAGUGGGCCUCCGACUUGCUGCGAGGGAGCUUGGGUGGCGAUGGCAGGUGGACCUCCGACCGGCGGUGGGGAAGCCCAGUGAUGAAUCCCUUGUGAGGCCGCCACGAUGAUGUGAUCGCAGGGUUUCACAGGAGGCGGAUGUGAAGUUUCACGGAUCAGCAUGGGAAAUACAUAUAAGACCUAAAUAGCGGGGUUACUAUAUUUAUGACACAAGUCAUCGAGUUCUAAACCAGUUUGAUAAAAUAUGAUGAAUAGGACUUCUGUUGGAAGCUAUUUUUUUAUCCCACAGCCUUGUGUUUUAAAACAGGACCAUGCUUAAAGUCCUUGUUAGAUGUUAUCCUAGAUACAGGGAAGAUUAUCACGGGAUUACAAUCAAUCGUAGACCAACUAUAUCAAAA